AUGGGCGCUCCUUUCCUGACCGGCUCGAUUGCGCCGGCAGCGAAGGGCUUCAGCUCGGGGGGCCGCAAGGCGGGGACGGCGUCCAAGGAGCGCAAGAGGCGCAUCGACCUCAAGGACGAGCUUUCGGGGGCGACCAAGGCCAAGGCGAUGACGUCAGCCGUCAAGAAGCCAGUCGGGGAGGGUUGGAAGCAGCUUGCGACGGUCAAGGAGGUGCGCGAGAAGGGCGGAAAGAAGCCGUUCAUCGUCAAGGGCGUCGAGGGAGGCGUGCUGGUGAUUGAGGCGAAGGAGGACGGCGCGGAGGACUCGGCGUGGUUUGCGUGCAACGUGUACUCCACGGCAUACAAGUACCCCCUGAUGGACGGCACGGUGUCGCGCUCCGAGUCGGGCAAGUGGACGAUCGAGACGCCGCUGGACGGCACGAAAUACGACUUGCGGACGGGUGCGGUGAUCGAAUGGUGCCCGCAGGACACCGUCGGGCGCAAGAUCCUCGGUGCCCUCAAGUCGAGUGUGCAGCCCUCGCCCCUGACGACGUACCCGAUCGCCAUCGAGGAGGACAACAUCUUCGUCAAGUACUGA